AUGAGUUUAAUUUUAAAACACGAACAACACAAAUUCGAAGGAGAUGGUUUCUUCUCAGCUCUAACAUCUCUCAUCCCAAAAGUAGCCAACUUUGUCUCAAACAACAAAUCCCUCAUUUCCUCAGAAGCGCAAGCUCUUGGAUCUGUGGCAAAAGCAGGAAUUCAAAAAUCAUUAGGUUCUCUUCCUGAAUUUCCAUGGGCAAAAUAUCCCGGAGAAAAACAUCUUCCCGGUCAUAAUUACACUGGUUCAGGUACAAGGUUAGAUCUGCGAUUAGACGAAAACGAUAAACCCAAACCCGGUGAAGAACCAGUCAAUAGAGUUGACGCCGUUGCACUAAAACACGAUAUACUAUACAGAAAUAAAGACAUAACAUCCAGAGACGAAGCAGACAGACAAAUGAUAAUCGAACUUUAA